AUGAAGUUGUCCGCGGAAGGGAUGAAGAGGAUGAAGGCCCAAUGGAUGGAGGAUGAAGACAAUCCGGAAUGCUUCUGGCGAAGCACGAGUAUAUGUCCCGAUCGGGAAUUUAUGCAUCAAGGAAUAAGGUCGCUAUGCAAAACUGACUCAGCUGUGUACGGCACGGUCCGUCGGCAGGAAGCCGGCAUUUGUCAGCUAUAUUCCCGACGGUUCGGACUUGCAGCCGAUGGCGUCACUCCGUCGGAUGAAGAGGUGGUCAUUCUAUGGACUCUGGAAUUAUUGCCAGAGAGUAGGAAAGGAGUCGCUGAAUAG